GUAUGAACGUUUAAACUACACCUGCGGAAAAUCAGCUCAGUACCCGGAUCUCCGCCAGCAGAGCGCAGCUACAGCAGCACAGAGGGAAAAUGUCUUCCAAACCAAAUGGAAGUCCUCCUCCCUACGAGUCUGAACCGGAAUAUAACGUGGUGCCUCAGCCCGCGUACUCCUACUACCCUGAUGAGGAAAUCCAGCACUUCUACCGCUGGUCGUCUCCGCCGGGCAUCAUUAAGAUCAUGGCGGUGAUGUGCAUCGUGCUCUGCGUGGGCAUCUUCGCCUGCGUGGCGUCCACGCUGGCAUGGGACACCACAGGGGGCGUGGCCGGGUACUCUGGGUACGAAUCUGGGUACGGCAGCUCUUUCGGAGGAUCGUACGGCGGGGGUUACGGUGGGGGGUACGGCGGGGGCUAUGGCGGGGGUUACGGGGGCGGGGGUUACGGGGGCGGGUUCGGGUACGGACUCCUGGGCUCCCAGAACGACCCGAGGAAGGCCAAGGGCUUCAUGAUCACCAUGGCCAUCGUGACCUUCGCCGCGCUCCUCGCCAUCUUCAUCGUGCUGAUCUCCCACAGGGGGCGCUCUCGCAAGUUCUUCCUCAUCCUCAUCAUCUGCUCCGCCAUCCUCGCCGCCUUCAUGCUGAUCGCCACCAUCGUGUACCUGGUGGGCGUGAACCCCAUGGCCCAGACCACCGGCUCCAUGCAGUACAACCAGGUGAUCGCCCUGUGCGCCCAGUACCAGGACCCGUCCAUCUCCAGCCAGCUGCUGGUCAACCAGUACCUGUAUCACUACUGCGUGGUGGAUCCUCAGGAGGCGGUGGCCAUCGUUUUUGGGUUUGUGGUAACGGCGUGUCUCGUCAUCAUCCUGGUUUUCGCCAUUAAAACCCGUCAGAAAAUGAACGAGUUUGGGAAGGAGAAUGUUCUGUGGCACAGAGAGAAAUUUGUGGAUGAUAUGAAUCCUCCUCAGGAUGUAGAGGACUGGGUGAAUAAUGUAUCUGGAGCUCCAGAGCCGGUUCUGAGUGAAUAUCCUGAGAAGUUCGGAGGAUCCAGGACCUACCUGGACGACAGCAGCUCGAUCUACGACAAACCUCCCGAGAGUUUACCGGGGGUGGAGCACAGCGUUCCGGUGAUGAACUCGGUUCCGUACUACAGCAGCUCGGAGGUGGGGAGCUCGGCCAGUCGACCCAAGAAGAAGCGAGCGGGACGCCCCCGCCGCUCCGAAGGAAAAGACUACGACACUGACUACGCCUCAUCCGGAGACGAGCUCGACGACCAGGACUUCUCCAGUGAGUUCCCGCCCAUUGCGUACGAUACGGAGCGCGAGAGUUAUAAGCGCGAGUUUGAUCGGCAGCAUCAGGAGUAUAAGACCCUGCAGACGGAGAUGGACGACGUUAACAAGCGUCUGGCCGACGUGGACCGAGAGCUGGACGAGCUGCAGGAAGGAACUCCUCAGUACCUGGAUGCUCUGGAUGAGUACAACGCGCUGAAGGACAAGAAGAAGAGUGCUGAUUACCUGAUGAAGAAGAGGAAAUGCAAGUAUCUGAAAGCGAAGCUGAAUCACAUUAAGAGGAUGGUCAGCGAUUACGACGCUCGAGCGUAAAAUCCCCCAAUCUCCUGAGUGGGCGGGGCUUUACUGAAUAUUGGUAGAUUAAUAUGUAAAUUUACUAAUAUUCAUAACGCCUGGGUCAUAUUUAGUUCUUUAUGAUCAGUAUAAACGGUUUUAUGAAUAGUUUUUUAAUUGUUCAAACAGGUCAAAACGCUGAAAUAAUUCGCUAAAGUUUCGUAAGUUUCCGUGUUCUGGCGUCGGGCCAGCUGACGUAAGCUACUCCCGUUUCCUUUAACGUCGUUUUGUUGUUUUUUGUCCGGGUUCUAAGGGCUCUUUAUUUUAAAACUAUAUUUUAAGGUUCUAGAUACUCCAGAUUUGUACUGUACUAACUCCUUCAGCUAAUUUAUUUAUAAUUAUUAUUUUUAAGUUUUAAUAACAGCAGCAUGCGUCAAAUUACUGCUGUAUUUUUAUUUUAUAUUUUUAUAGGUUGUUUGGGACUCAGGAAAUCAUUUGUGUACAAAUCGCUGUACGUUUAUGUUGUUUAACACUGUGAAUGUUUUCAUGUCUUUUUGUUUUGUUUUUUUAAUGUUGCAUGUAUUAAAGUGCAAAACGUAUUUGUUUAUAUCUGUAAAUAUGCAAAUCUCAUGUCUGUGCAGGUUAUGAAUUUCCAGAUUUGUUGGUGAUUUUGACUUUAAAAUGUUUUUAUUAGAUAAAAUAAAAUGUUUUUACAUCAUCCAUUUUAAAAAAA